AUAAAAGCAAAGUUGAAACGAAGCCUUUCCCCUCCAUGAGCGUCUCCUCUCCUGAGCCCCGGGGCGUCCAGGGUGAAAGGACACCUGCUUGUCCAUUGACAGCUGAGUAAGAACGUGACUGGAAGGGCGAGCAGGCGGUGGCUGUGCCAGUUCACUCGUGGGGAGUGGCCUAGUGGCUCCUCAAUUCACCCCAAAGGCAUCCAAAGGGGCAGGGCGGGGGCCAGGCCCUGCGGCAUGAAAAGCCCGGCUCCUCCAGCUUCUCCCCAGUCUGGCAGGACGACACUCUCUCCCCAGCCUGCCCAGUCCCGCGGGGAGCAUGACUGGAAUUCAAGCCCUGAGGUUCUUCCUUCUCUGCCUGGCGCCGGCUCUUUCCCCUGCUGUGAAGAUCAAGGCCAAAGGCCGAGAAAUCCUCUACCUGGCCAAGGGGGAGUCGGUAAAGUUGGGGUGUCCAUUUGAGCUGGAACCCCAAGACGAGGGCCCCAAUGAUCUGGAUAUUGAGUGGACACAGAUGAAUGCUGAUCCCACGAAUUUGGACAGUGUGGUGAGUUUGCUGAGGUCAUCCAGAUUCAAUGCUUAUUCCAAUGUUUCUCAGGGAGGGUCAGGAAACCAAGAUGCCAGCCGUUUUAGUAACCCAGGAUUUCAGCAGAACGAAGGUGGUCACCCGUUUGGAUUGGCCAAUGAUUGCUGCAACGGCUUACAACAGCGAGUUAACUUCGUGGUCCCCGAUCCAAGCAAGUACGACGCAUCCAUUAAUCUCCAAAACGUUCAGAUUUCCGACUCGGCCACCUACGAGUGCAAAGUAAAAAAAACUACGGUAGCCACCCGGAAAGUGACCGUCAUGGUGCUGGAGAAACCCUCGACGCCACAUUGUUCGAUCUCAGGCAAGGUUUUCCUCGGCAAUGAAAUUAUCCUCCGUUGUGGCUCCGGAGCUGGCAGCCACCCGCUCAUGUACCGCUGGACCAAAAUGGCAGACUUCCCCAUAGAGAGUGGGCUGCCCGCCAGCACCGUGGCAGGUUCCAGUCCUGGGGAUCUGGUCAUCCACAAAGUAUCACCUAACCAUCUUGGGGUUUACCAGUGCAUUGUCUCCAACAAAGUCGGAUCAGCUCGGUGUACAUUGGAGGUCUCACAUGAUUCCCCCCUCCUGACUAUCAUCGUGGGAGCCGUCCUGGGCUCACUGCUUUUCCUGGUGCUCCUCAUCUGCCUCAUCGUCUGUCUGGUUCACUGUUGCAAGAAAAAACGCUGCAAGGAGGAAUCCAACCAAAUCAGAGUGGACACUGCUGCCCCCAGACCCAGACAGGAAAGCCGCAACAGCAGCUUAAGAUCCGUGUUGGGGUACAUUCCCCAUAACAUCAACUUCAUGCAACGCCGGAAAUAUGAGUCCCCCCGGGAACAAGAAGGGGUCGAGAUGCUCUCUCCAAAUCAGGACCCAGAGCUGAGUUCGAAUUCCUGCACCUCGCCCCCGGCCAGUGGCCAUCCUUCAGUGGUCACCACCAAGGCCCGUGUUCAUUACGACGCCAGCGGGCCUUCCUACAGCCACGGAAGAUCCGCCGCUUCGGGGUCUUCUAACACUCCAUGCCACGAGAGUCCGAAUUCAGAUGCCCCAGUUUGUGACCGGGACGCAUCGCACGGAAAACGGAGCCACCCCGGACAAUAUGGAGGCGUUGCCGUAAUGAUGCCAGCUAAAACCCGCGAGGGACUCGUCAUUUAAGCGUCCCGCUCUUGAUUUUUUUUCCUGGUCAAAGUCCCAAAAUGGCAGAGAAUUGGAUGUAAACUUGCAGCAGGUUAUUUUUUUUUUUUUUUAAAAAAAUGCAAUAAUUCAGUGUUUUCCGAUCUGCUGCCUGGAGACCACAAUUCUAAUUAAUUAACCAGCGGAACAACUUGCCUCCAGAAGUUGUAAAUGCUCUGAAGUUUUUAAGAAGAAA